AUGGGACAAGGGGAAUCUAAAUUCUGCUCAGCUUGUGAAAAGCCAAUUAAAUUAAGACAAAAGAUUACAUCCUGCUACUACUGCAAAAAGGACAUUUGCACAGAUUGCUCCAAUAGAGAGAAACUGCCAUCAGCAGAUGAACAGUAAAGAAUCUGCCAUGUAUGUAAAGUAAACAGGACUACAAAUAAAGAUGGGGAUGAUCUCAUUGUAGGUAAACCCAAUUCAGUUCAAAAGAUGAUAUCUGUGAAAUAUGAUACUGAUAAAGGCCAAUAUAGUGGCUUGCCCACAGUUUGGAGAGAGCUAUUGGACAUGCCUUUAACUGUUUCCAGACAAGAGGUAGAUACUGAGCAAUGGGACAAGACAAUUGCACCAGUAAUGCCUACCAAAAGAAGAAUCUUAUUACUAACUGAGCAAGACUAAGAUGGCGGAUUUGUAAUUAGUGGACCACUCAAAACAGAUUAGGUAUUCAAGGUUGAAUUCGAUGCUAAAAGUAAAACUGGCUUCAAGGGUCUUCCAGCUGAGUUCGAGCAGUAUGUUGGAGUAUUCACUAGAGAGGAAAUUGAAAAAGAUCCAGAGGCAGUACUCUUAGCCGUCGAAAAAACUAUCAAUUAUGAGGAAGCACCACUUCCCUCAGAGGAAAAGUUCCUAGAGGAAUUGGAAAUAAAUUCUGUUUUUAGUCAGGAUGAUCCAUCUAAAUACUAUGAAAUCGUUAAGAAAAUUGGAUAUGGAGGUUUUGCUAGAGUAUUCCUGGUUAAAAAGAAGGAUGAUGGGUCACACUGCGCUUUGAAAUUCAUUGAGCCAAAGAAUCAAAAGGAGAGAUAAAUCAUCAAGAAUGAGUUAGGAAUCAUGCAAAUGUGUCAGGGUAAUGAUAAUAUUAUCAGAUGCUUUGAAGCCUUCGAUUACAGGCAAAGACUUUGGAUCUUCCUUGAAUUCAUGGAUGGGGGUUGCCUAACUCCAAUCGUUGAAGAAAGAAAGGGAAAUAUUUCAGAAGGUGUUUGCUCAUACAUUCUCUACCAAACUCUGAUGGGUCUUAACUACCUUCACUCAAGAAAUAUUGUGCACAGAGAUAUCAAGUCUGAUAACAUUCUGGUAAACGAGCAUGGAGAUCUUAAAUUGGCUGAUUUUGGGUAUGCUGCUCAGCUUACUUAAGAGAGAAAUAGAAGAUAAAGCAAGGUAGGCACAGUAUGCUGGAUGGCUCCUGAGUUGAUUAGAGGAAAGAAUCAAUAUGAUAUAAAGGUCGAUAUCUGGAGUUUCGGUAUUUUCGCUUUGGAAUUAGCAGACGGAGAGCCUCCUUAUAUCAGUGAACCUUAACAGAAAGUGCUCUAUCUUAUUGUAACAAAGGAUGCACCUAAGCUCUAAAACCCUAAAUGGAGUCAAACAUUCUAGGACUUUGUAAACAGAUGCUUAAAUAAAGACCCAGAAAAGAGAGCAACAGCAGCAGAGUUAUUAAAGCAUGACUUCCUCAAGACAGCUGAAAAUUACAGAGAUGAGUUCAAGCAGUUUAUCUAAUUUUGGAAGGAAAAAGACAGACUAUAGAAGUAGCUAUUCUGA